UGCGUCAAGGCCCUAGUCGAGCACGGAGCUGACAGCAAUGUGCGAACAUCUCGCGGCGCCACGGCCUUGCAACUCAGUUUUGAGAUGGGCGACCAGACCGACGAGAUCACCAAGCUUCUGCUUAGCAGGGGAGCGGAUCCGAACGCCGAAGUGGGCUUCGGCCGAACGAUGCUUCACCUCGCUGCUGCCAUGGGGCUGGCCAGGAUCGUGCCCGAAUUGGUGGCUGCCGGUGGAGACGUAGCUCGGAGGGACUACUACGGCCAAACGCCCUGGGCCACUGCUGUGCGCUACGGGCACACGGAUGUAGCCGAAGCUUUGGCCGCUGCUGGUGGGCGG